UUAGCCAAAAUAGCGCAACGUUGGAAACAGCUCAAGCAGCAUAUACUCAACCAGCAGCAACAUAGGGCGGCGCAACUUGACGAGCCGCCGCAGCAGCAACAACAACAGCCGCUGCAGCCGCAAACAGUUUCGCAAUCACAACAACAACCGCAGAAAGCGAAUCUGCAACAACAGCAAUUGCUGCCAAAGGUCAAGACGCAGCAGGCGCUAGAGCAAGUUGCCGCUCAGCAAUACCAGCAACAGCAACAGCAGUCAAAGCAGUCACCACUGACAACGUGCGUGGUGACUGCAGUUACAGCUGCAGCUGUAACAACAAGCGUCAUAUCGACAUUUAAUCCCGUUAACCCCACGACAGCAACAAUUACAACGGCGGCCAGAGUCUUUUCCCGUUACGACAGCAUCGAGGAGCUGCAUCAGCGUACCAGCAGAAGUGGAAGCGCAAUUGGAAUAGUGCCAGUGGUUGCGGCGCAGGGUGCACAAGGUGCGCGUGGUAGUAUAGUAGCCGCAACUGGAGUGGGAGUGGGAUCCAGCGCUGGAAUUGGCAGUGGAGUUGGCACAGGAGGUUUGUAUGCAACCGCAGGUGCGCGUAAUGUACCAGUAGCAGGUAGCGGUAAUGGCAUUGGUGUGCGUAUAGCAGGUUCGCGGAGUGGUAGUAUAGGAGCUGGUUUAGAUGAUCAUCGGACAGUGUUAAGUCCCAGUGGUACAGGAACAGUAUCGGCGACUAAUCAGCAAUUAAGCAGGGGUAGUGUGAAUGGCUAUACAACGGCAGCAGCAACAGCAGUUGGUGGCGGAGGUGUUAGUGGUGGCAUUGGCAUUGGUGGAAGUGGCAGUGGGAGCAGCGGCGGUACACAAUUGAUUGGCGGUGCUACGUCGACGGUACGGGGGAGGCUUUCAAUUAGCUCACCAUCAGGUGCAACUGCAACAGCUGGAACAGGAACAGCACAAGGCGCCAUAUUGGGUGUGAAUGAUUUCCCUGGCUCGGGACUUUUAAUUGUUGGUAGCGGUGUUGGUGUUGCUAGCAGUGGUGGUGGGGCAGGAGUUGGCCAGGGAAGUGUUGGAACGGGUGCAGUGAGCGGCGGUGCACCCAAACGGCAGGGCAGCUUUUCGAAUGUUUUCUUGAAGUUGAUCGAUGGUAUGCCCGCCGGUACAAUGUUUUCGAAAUUCAAGAGUGCCAAUACGGCAUCGACAUCAUUGCAAAAUAUCACCGAUGCGAAUCCCAUUAGCCAGUACUUUGAGAUUGGUAAGCAGGUGGCAUGUGCGGGCCCCGAACUGGUGUGGCGAAUACAUGACGGCUACCGGAAAAGUGAUGGCAAGGCAUGUUCGAUAUUCGUUUUCGAGAAAAAAAUAGCAGAAAAGCUGCACAAACCGAGACGCAAGGAAACUGUAACGGAAUUGCUGAAAAAUUCUGUUAAAACAAUGGAAAGAUUUCGUCAUCCAAAGAUUCUCCAAGUUUUGCACACAGUGGAAGAGUCGACGGAUACACUGGCUUUUGCCGCUGAGCCUAUUUUCGCCAGUCUCUCUAAUAUUUUAGCUUUUCAUGAAUCAAAAACUUAUGAAAACAUUGCCAUGGCAUCGAAUGCAGCAGGCACCGGCCCACAGAACUAUCAACAGCAAGGUACAGCAAUUCCACAACGGCCAGCUCAUGCGAAGGAGUAUAAUUUUUUAGAUAUCGAAUUCAAAUAUGGUUUUCUGCAGCUAGUGGAAGCUUUAUCCUAUUUACACUAUUCGGGCCAUGUUAUUCAUCGGAAUGUGUGCCCAUCAUCAAUAUUGGUUACCAAACGUGGUACCUGGAAGCUGGCUGGCUUAGAAUUUAUUGAAAGAAUGAAUGAGACUGAUGUAAAUGAGUUAGUUCCUUGUCAACCUUGGAGUAACAGGGUAUCGAAAAUGGCUCAACCCAACUUGGAUUUUAUGGCUCCCGAGACUCAAUUAUCUUCGAAGGGCAGCCUACUUAGUGAUAUGUUUUCAUUGGGUUUGGUAAUAUGUGCCGUCUUCAACAAUGGACGUCCGCUUAUACAAGCCGGUAAUAUAGUUUCAAAUUAUAUGAAGCAGUUGGAAACGCUGGAGGAGUCUGUGCAGAAAAUGCUGCCGCGAGUACCGGUACCACUACAGGAGGCCACCUCACGUUUGGUUAGUAAAGAUGCUACUGCCAGGCCGACGGCGCAACUGCUUCAACUGAUUAAGUACUUUAUCGAUCCCGCUGUAAAUGCACUCAAGUUCUUAGAUGUGGUGAACAUGAAGGAUACGUCGCAAAAAUCGCAUUUUUACAAAAAUACGCUAAUGGAAGCGAUGCCUCUGAUACCGAGGAAAUUGUGGUGGCAAAAUGUGUGGCCAAUGUUGCAGGCCGAAAUUAGCAACGGUGAAGUGCUGGCGGCUGUCUUACAACCGGCCAUUACACUCAUACAAGAGGCAUCGCCAAGUGAAUACGAGUCGAUUAUGGCGCCGACAAUGAAAGUUAUUUUCAGUUCACCCAAAUCCAUCCAGGCUACUGUGACUUUACUGGAGAAUUUACAUCUCAUUAUUGAGAAGACGGCACCUGGGGAUGUUACCACCGACAUAAUUCCAAUGCUGUUCUUUGCUUUCGAAAGCUCAACAAUACAAGUGCAGAGCGCUGCCGUUGUUGCAGUUACAAACGUAUUCGACAACAUUGAAGAUGUCUCUAUAAGACGUAUGGUUGUGCCAAAGGUAAAAUCGGUGUUUGAAAAAAAUUUUGCCGAUCCAAAAAUCGUGCAAAAUGUACUCAUCUGCAUUGAAAGGCUGAUGGAUAAACUGGAACGAGCUCAGGUUAUGGAAGAAGUCCUGCAGCUGCUUGGUGAUGUUCGCAUACCGGAUCCGGAUAUUGUGAUGCGUACAGUUCAUAUUUAUCACAAAAUGGUUGCCGAUAAAACGUAUGGGCUGACGGUGGAAACGAUGGCGAUACACGUGCUUCCUUUACUGAUACCGCACACCGUUAAUUCCGGCUUAAAUCUCGAACAAUAUUGCAUGCUGGUCGAGGUGCUGCAAGAGAUGCUCGAACAAAUUGACCGACAGCAACGUAAUAAAUUGAAGCUUGACAAUCUGUCAAUACCAUCACCGGAGCGUCAUCGUCCAUUGAGACAUCAAUUCUCUUCGGAUAACAUGAAUGCACCACCAUUCAAUAUACCCAAUUUGCGAAUCGAUCAGCGGAAAACAUCCAGUGCUGAGGAUAUGGCACGGAAGAACUCUGGAGGUUCAGGCAUGCUGGGAGGUUGGUGGUUCGGUUGCUCGCCGUCAUCGCCCGAUAGUAACUUCCUGCGUGUUGCUAAUGCAUUCCCCAAUCGGCGUCUCUCGGAUAACACUUUGAUGACACCGAAAAUACGCAUAGCGCCGUCGUGUGCAUCCUCGCCUGGUGGAACACCAGGCUCUGGACUGCCAACACGCCGACACUCGAGCAUUGGACCACAGGAACGACGUGGCUCGACAAUCAAUCUGUCACCGCCUACUACGUAUGGUUUUGGUGCACGCGGUAGUUCCGGAUCGAGUUUGUCGGUACCCUCUUCGUCGGCCUAUGUUAAAUCUCCUUUAUUAUCCUCCAACAAACAGGGCGGAUCAAUGCCGAACACAUCGAGCAGUGUACCAUUUUUAUUAUCAUCCAGCAUGCAAUCGAUCCGUUCCAGACGUACAUCUACUGUACUCUCAUCGGGACCAUUGGGAUCUGGCUCUGGCAUUCUACAACAACUUGGCAGCGGAAUGGUAAGACAAAUAACUACUUCUGUAUCAGGCAAUGCAAGCCCGGUGCAACAUUUAAUGGUUAAUGGACAACGUACCUACGUCCGAAAGUGUCCGUCACUCAAUAUCACAUUCAGUCAGUAAUGAAGAAUUGAACAAGUGAAGCCUGUUGGCGUUAGCAAGAUAUGAAGAUUUGCAAACGCCUUAAACGCAAAUAUGCAUUGAAUCAUUUGAGCUGUGCUUUGUAACUAAAUACUUAAUGAAAGCAAAACAAAAUUUUUAAUUUACACACAUAUAUAAUAAGUAAUUAAAUAUAUAGAGAAUAGUGUUUAACGAAAAACAAAAAUCUUUUUUAAAUAAUUCAAAAACAAAAAAAAAACUCGUAGUAAAACGCACUCCGUGUGCACACGAACGUCACAAUAACGUCAAACAAUAAGAAAUCAUUGAAUUUGGGAAUAGUGCGUUUUUUUUUCCUGGAUACAUACAAAAACAGAUAAAAAAACCAUAACCAUUUACACAACCGCUCUUCUGGAUCACAUUGCACCAGGGAAAAUGCAUUGGACUUAAGAGUAGAAAUUUAUUCUUUGCUUCAAAUAAAAUCGAAGCACAAUAUUUAAUUAGAACUACAUGCAUAUGUAUGUGUAUAAAGCUACUUGUGUACGUAUGAAUGUAAAAUGUAUUUCCCCAACAUUGUAACCAUUUUCUGCGAUAUUCAGCGCGCGUGUGUAGAAACCCUGAAAGCCACAUGUGAUGUACUGUAGACCGGGUCGGUCGCCAUACGAAAACCAAGUUGCAAAAGUCCUCACCUAUAUUUAACGCUAAUGUUGAGAGGAUUUCGGCACCAUAAAAAAAGUUUGUUUAGCCUUCUAAAAACCGCCGAAAUAUUGGGUAUGGGAAUAAGUUUCCGCCCUCGUAAAAGAGGUGUCGCUGCUGAUACUAUUUUUGUGUUCGUAUAUUAUAUUACUAGUCUGGUGAUUUGAAUGUGUAUACGUGAGGUCUUGAUCACAGUAAAUGGCAUUCGUUAGAAGCGUAAAGAUCAUUUUUUAUCUGACGUCAAGAAUGUCUACGUUCGUCCCAAAAAACAGCAUUUGCGGGAAGUCAUGCUUUUAUUACCUUUUGAAGAAAAGUGCAGCUGUAACAUGUCGUAUAAUGAUCAAUAUUUACGGUAAUCAUCCUCCAUUAAAUACAACUUGUAAAGACUGAUUUCGACGCUUCACAAGUGGCAGUUUCGACGUGAGUGAUAAAGAUGGCGAAGGGGCCCCGAAACAAAUCGAAGAUACUCAACUACAACAAGAUAAAGACGAAUGUCGAACUCUUCAUGAUAUGUCUAAAGAGUUGGAUGUUGACAGAUCGACCACGGCAUGCGAUGAGAAUGGCCCGGAAAGCAAGGAACAGGGUGCCACAUCAACUGAAGGAGAGGGAUAUCGAGAGACGUUUAGUUGACGUGUGAGAUGCUUCUUGAACGGCAGAAAAGAAAAGGUUUUCUGCAUCGCAUGGUCACCUUCGAUGAAAAAUGAAUCUAUUAUGAUAACCCUAAGCGUCGAAAAUAUUGAAGUUUGCCAGGUGAACCAAGUCCAUCGACAGCGAAAAAAAUGUUCAUGCUUCAAAGGUUAUGUUGUGAAUCUGGUGGGAUCAGAAGGAUGUGAUCUAUUAUGAACUCCUUAAACCAUCUGAAAGCAUCACUGGCGAUCGUUACGGACUGCAGCUAAAGCGUUUAAAUCGAACUCUUAAAGAAAAGCGGGCGAAAUGGGACGGUAGAUAUGACAAACUGAUUUUGCUGCAUGACAACGCCAGGCCAUACGUUGCUAAAUCGGUCCAGAAAUAUUUAGAGAGACUGAAUUGGAAAAUCUUGCCCCACCCGCCAUAUUCCCCAGACAUUGCACCUUCGGAUUACCAUAUGUACCGAUUAAUCCAGUCAGCCCUUAUUGGAGAGCGGCUCACUUCUUACGAGAGCAUCGCAAACUGGCUCAAUGAAUGGAUCAAGCCAAAAGAACUUGAAUUUUCCGUCAGAGGAAUCCGUAUGCUGCCUUAAAAAAUGGAGUAAAGUUGUAGCUUUCAAUGGCACAUACAUACAUAAUAUCGUGUAUUAUUUAAUUCUUUAAAUAUUUCGUAACUUUGGCUACGAAGAACGGAAACUUAUUCCCAUACACAAUAAUUUUUUUAUUAUUACUUCGCACCCGAUUAUAUACAACAAUAAUGUGUCAUUAUUCCUGUCACGAGAAGU